AUGAUUAUUUUAGCGUACUCUAAAUUUAGAGUUACAUUAUUUGCUCUUGAAGUAUUGUUAUUAUGUCAUUUAGCUUCAUCUCAAUGGACAAAAAUAUUAAAACAUGAUAACUUUCCUGAGUAUAAAGUUAAAUUGAGAGAACCACAUCUUUGUGAUAAAACCGUUCAACAGUAUUCAGGGUAUAUUGAUGUUAAAGACACUAAACAUUUAUUCUUUUGGUUUUUCGAAUCGAGAAGUAAACCUAAAGAAGAUCCGAUCACUCUUUGGCUUAACGGUGGUCCAGGGAGUUCUUCUAUAAAGGGUUUAUACUUUGGAGCCGGACCUUGCACUGUUAACCCAGGGGGAAAUGAUACAACAUUUGAUCCUAACUCAUGGAAUAACAACUCUAGUUUCAUUUUCUUGGAUCAACCAACUAAUACAGGAUAUUCUUAUGGUGAAUCUGUAUCCAAUACUUUCGUUGCUGCACAUGAUAUAUACGCAUUUUUACAAAUUUUUUUCCAAGAGUUUCGCCAAUAUGCUAAUUUAGACUUCCAUAUUGCUGGUGAAUCGUAUUCAGGACAUUACAUACCCGCCAUAGCCUCAAUUAUAAACAAUUAUAAUCAUGUCUAUAAUGCGAAGGAUAUUAUUCAUAUCAAUCUCAAAUCCAUCUUGAUGGGAAAUGCUUUAGUAAACAUUUUAAUACAACAUAAAUAUUUACCAGUCAUGGGCUGUAAUUCAUCUUAUGGACCAAUAUUAGCUGAUUCCACAUGUAAACAGAUGAGAAGAGAUUAUAUUCAAUGUGCUAAAUUGACAAAAACUUGUUAUGAUUCAAAAAAUGUAACAAUUUGCGUAACUGCUGAAAAUUGUUUUAGUGGAAUGUUCCAACCUUUUAGAGAUAUUGUAAAUGCUUUUGAUAUAAGAGAUCAAUGUAAUGAAGGAAAUCCUGAUUUAUGUUAUCCAGAGCUCCAAGAUAUCUCGAAAUAUUGUAAUCGUGAAGAUAUUAAGACUGAAUUGGGUGUUAAUCCUUCAAUUAUACGUCGUUUCGAUAUAUAUAUUCCACCGCUCUUGGAAAAUAAUAUUCGAGUAUUAGUAUACGCUGGCGAUGCUGACGUUAUUUGUAAUUGGUUUGGUUGUGAAGCAUGGACAAAAGACCUUAAAUGGAGCGGUACCAAAGGUUUUAAUAAUGCUAAUGUCACUCGUUGGAUAACGAAUACUGGCAAUCAUGCUGGAAAUGUUAGAACAUUUAAAGGAUUUACAUUCCUGAGAGUUUUUGAAUCAGGGCAUAUGGUACCUCAUGAUCAGCCACGUGCAAGUUUAGAUUUCUUUAAUAAAUGGAUAUUCAAUAAAGAUUUGUAA